AUGCCUCCUGUCGAAGGCCAGGAAGACGAUGACCCCAUCACCGCAUCAUACGAUAUACUCAUUACUGACGCACAAAUACGGCGUCUACUCCUUCAAUACCCCGACCGCCCCUCUGACCAACCAUAUAAUGACGCCAUGAGACAAAAACCCCUCGAAUUUCGGUUAAAGCCCAAAACAGGUCUGGUAGAGAUGGACAUACCGAUAGACACGCAGGUUAAUUAUGACGAAACCAAGGGACUGAGAUAUGGCAAUGCAUUGGCCAAGAGCCGUAUUACACAGGAAAGCGGAACUCAUGGAUUGGCGGGGGGGUUUAAUUCCAAUGGCGGCGGUAUCGGGAAAGUAAAGGCAGAAGGAGGAGCGGACGGAGCAGACGAUAUGAAUAUGUACAUGGAUAUGGACGAUGAGGAUAAGAAGGCGGGUGUGAAGAUGACGACACAAGUUUUGGGCGGGAGGAUAAAGAAGCCAGUUGACGGAGAUCCCGUCUACAUGCUUGGUGCUUUCCGAGAUAACGAACUCCAUCUUGCGCCUUUGGAAUCAGUUGUACAACUACGGCCACAGCUACACCAUAUUGACGCUUUUGAUGAGGUAGCUGUGAAGAGCAAGGCUAUGGCGAAAGCAAAAAAAGAUAUGGACGAAGAUGCUACCUCUCGAAGUGCUGCGAUUGAGGCACGAGCAAUCGACAUGAAAGUCAAAUCUGCAGAGUCAGAAGGCGGCAGGGCGGUUGGAAACAAUGAGCUCUUGCUAAAGCUAUUCCAGGACGAGAAAUGGGAGAAGUACAAGUGGAUUGAUGAAAAUGACCAAGAAUCAUGGGAUAAAUACGAUCAAUAUAUGUUUAAUGAAAGUCUGGAAGAGCCCGAUCAGCUCCGAUCCGCAAUCACGGCAGACGAUUACCUGGACAGCAUGAGUGCCCCGAGGGUUGAUCCUACGCGGCCGGAAAUGACUGGUUGGGCUAUGAAAAGAAGACAGCAGAGACGGAGGGCAAGCAGUAGCUAUAAGAAAGGCGGGAAACCCCAGGCUGACAGCAUCGGCCAGGAUGAUGUUGACGGCGACAUAGCCAUGUUGGUGACACAAUGCGGACCAAUUCGGCGGAGAGCGAAACAGAAUACUCCCGCGGCGAUAGGCGGUCCAUCCUCUCGAUCUCUCGCCACGGUGGGAUUUGGGGCGAUGGACGAUGUGAAUUCGACAUAUAUUCCGUUUGAAGGCAUGGAUGCGUAUAAGCCUAUGAAGGAACCCGAAUCACUACCGCCUCAGUUCUCUUCGCGGCCUCCGCUCUCUGACCCGACUGAUCCGAUGGAUCGAGAUGCUUCGUCUGUCAUCAUCCUAAACCCUCUACUAUCUUCGAAACCGACCUCACUACGGAAAAUAAAGAGCAUUGGCGGUGAUCUUGACGAGAUGCUCAUCAACUUCGACGUCAGCUUAUCAGCUGGAAUGUUUAAACGUGCCAGUCUUCUUCUCCGACGCCUUGCUGCUGCGUACCCCUCAAAUUCCUCAGAACUACGAAAUCUCCACAACAAAUAUCUGCGUUCCAUCAUCACCUACAUGAUCAUUAACCGACAACCAGAUCUUGUGUGGUACGCGCAACGAUGGUUUGAGGUUGACAUGGGGCUUUUAUCAGUCAGGCCUGAUGCUACUACAUUUGCGUGGAUGUUGCGGAUGAGCUUGAGGAUGCUAGCAGGCCCAGAACGUGAAAAGACUGUGCGGAGAUAUUGGCAGUCGGCGGUAUCAAAGCACAUACACGAGGACAUACUUCAGUCAUCGAUUUUACCGGAAUCAGAAAUUGGCUUGCUCUCUGAGAUUUGUUUCCAAGUUUCAGAGUCUCCCGCUGCCGUUGCUGAGCCCGAUUUGGCAGGUCCAGAUGAAACGCUAGAUUUGAAGCCCAAGGUUACGGACGAAUCUGUACUGCCACCAAACGAAGUUCUCAACACGGAUCAAAAGGGUAUGGGACUUAGUUCCCUAAAGGAAUCGCUAUCCUUGUUUGAUCCAUCAACUGAAUUCGCACCGAAAAACCUUUGGGGACGAACUCCAGAACAACGGGAAAGGAACAAGAUGCGCCUAAGACAAGAACAGCUCGAGAAGGAUUCCCUAGAAUCUGCCAUUAACCGUUGGAGAAAAGAGAGUGAAGGCACAAUCGGGCAUAACAAUACGGUGAAGGCAAGCCUAAACGCAUUCCUGUACCAAUGGUACCAAGGAAUUCUGGACAAAAUAAAAGAGGAAUUGGACCUUGCCAAACGAUGCGAGUCGAAAAAGACAAUGACAGCCAAAGAGAGCGAGCGAAGCGAAUACGCUCCAUUCCUAAUAGCUAUUGGCCCAACCAAGUUGGCCGCAGUUACUGUCCUGACAGUGUUAGGAUCUAUUGGAACUUCCGGAAUGGACAAGGGUAUUAAACUGAGCACGCUUUUCAGUUAUAUCGGUGCUGCUGUUAGGGAAGAAUACGUUAUUGAACGUACGAGGCAAUCGCUUGUCGAGGAAGCGGACAAUGAGAACCAAGUGCAGUCCAUAAAUAGGACCUUCCGACAGAUGUCGAUGGGUAACAGCACAGGGAGGUUCAAGGCCUAUGUGCAAAAAAAGAUAGAGGGCAACGCCCCUGUCGACUGGCCAUUAGCUACUGAGAUCAAAAUUGGCGCCCUCCUAGCCUCCAUACUAUUUGAUACGGCUGAAAUACCCGUCUCCCGCACAGACCCAGCGACAGAAACAGUGACGCACACAAACGAACGUGUGUUCCAGCAUGUCUACCAACUUCAAAAGGGACAUAAUGUUGGAUAUGUACAGCUCCAUGAAAAGCUUGUGGAAAGGCUACGAAAAGAACCAUCCGGUAGUUUACUUGCGAAGCAUCUCCCAAUGGUCUCAACCCCACGUCCAUGGGUAUCAAACACUGAAGGUGGAUUUUUGACACAGCCGGUUCAAGUUGUUCGUACGCGAUUCGAUGACGCUCAAAAGCAGUAUCUCAAAGCUGCUGCGGCCCGUGGAGACCUUGAACAGGUUUAUAAAGGCCUAACGAUUCUUGGGAAAACAGGGUGGAAGAUCAACCGUGCUGUAUUCGAUGUGAUGCUUGAGGCCUGGAAUUCCGGGGAGGAAAUAGCCAAUAUUGUCCCCGCGAACCCCAAUUUAACCGACCCUGAGAAACCUGAAACCGACGAUCGGGAAGCUGUGAAGACUUAUUAUCGCGCUAAGACCCGUACCGACAACAAGAGAAUGAGUAACCACUCUCAGCGUUGCUACUUGAAUUUCCAAAUGGAGAUCGCGCGAGCAUUCCUGAACGAGUCAUUUUAUCUCCCCCACAACAUGGAUUUUCGUGGAAGAGCGUACCCGUUACCUCCUUAUUUUAACCAGAUGGGAGCUGACAACUGCCGUGGCCUUCUUCUUUUCAGUGAAGGACGAGUACUCGGUGAAAGUGGAGUCAGAUGGUUGAGAAUCCACCUUUCGAACGUUUUUGGAUACGACAAAGCGAGUUUCCAGGAAAGAGAACAAUUUUCCAUUGACAACGUCGACGAAAUCCUAGAUUCCGCAAACAAUGGAUUGAAGGGUAGGAGAUGGUGGCUAAAGGCCGCCGACCCCUUCCAAUGUCUAGCUGCCUGUCUAGAAUUGAGGAAUGCGCUCAACCUGCCUGACCCAACACAAUACGUCUCCCAUCUUCCAAUUCACCAGGAUGGCUCUUGCAACGGUUUACAACACUAUGCUGCGCUAGGUGGUGAUACGAUUGGUGCACGACAAGUCAACCUUGAGCCUGGCGAUCGGCCCUCCGACAUUUAUACUGCGGUUGCUGAACACGUAAAGGCUUCUAUUGCCAAUGACGUCAAAGCAGGAGAUCCUAUUGCCAAGUUGGUUGACGGGAAAAUCACCCGAAAGGUUGUCAAGCAAACUGUCAUGACAAACGUUUACGGUGUAACUUUCAUCGGUGCUACUCGGCAAGUUCGACGACAGCUUGAGGAUCACUAUCCAGAGCUAGCGGAAUCGGAUGAACUUUCAAAAUGCGCGGUCCACGUUUCUCGUGCAAUCUUUUCUGCCUUGAAUUCUAUGUUUAGCGGAGCUCACGACAUCCAGUUCUGGCUAGGUGAUUGCGCCAAUCGUGUCACCCGAUCCCUUACCCCCGAUCAAAUUGAGGAUAUCCAAAGAGAGUUGGAAGCGUCACCCAAGGCUGAUGUGUCCAAGAAGGUUAAGUUCAACAACGCCGUUAUUUGGACCACGCCCUUGAAACUGCCAGUCGUUCAGCCAUACAGGGAAACCAAAACCCGCAGUAUCCCCACCAAUAUCCAACUUUGUACUAUCAAGGAUCCUCGCGGAGCGAAUGAAGUCAACCGACGAAAGCAGCUGCAAGCUUUCCCACCCAAUUUUAUCCAUUCACUGGAUGCCACACAUAUGAUGCUCUCCGCUAUAAAAUGUGACGAGCUUGGCCUUAGCUUCUCCGCCGUCCAUGACUCCUUCUGGACCCAUGCGGGUGAUAUUGACAAGAUGAACGUUGUCCUACGUAAUGCAUUCGUCCGCAUGCACUCGGACGACAUCGUUGGACGACUGGCAGCGGAAUUCAGAGCUAGGUAUUCAAACCACCUUUACCUUGCACAACUCAAACCUAGCUCCACGAUUGCCAAAAAGAUCAGGGCGCUUCGCAGGACUAGUGGACGAACGGCCAAGGCGGACAAAACCCAUGAGUUGGUGGAUGAGUACAAACGGAUGCAGUUACUCAAUUCGGAGGACCCAGCUGAACAAGAAAAGGGCCGUAAGAUGGUUACCGCAGGAAGUAUAUUCGCUAAUGCUGAGCACGCGGAUGAAGCGCUGGUAUCCGUCCAGUCCCUUGGUGUUGCUGGUAUGGGACAUGUUCCCUCUCCGGAAGAGCAGCAAACGCUGGAGGGUAAACUUGAGGCGGAAGUCGACUCAUCGGAACCUUCUCUAUCGGCAGAAGCUGAUCUAGGCCUGCCUGACUUGAAGGAUGUUCAGGAACAGGAUGCCGAAAUUGAAGCGACCCCACAGCCGACGAAAAAGUCUGGUGCAGCGACUGGCUCUGUCUGGGUAUGGCUACCUUUGACAUUCCGUGACGUCCCUAAAAAGGGCGAAUUUGACGUUCGCCGUCUUAAAGAAAGCCAGUACUUCUUCUCCUAA